AUGCGGAAGUCUGCCUGUUCUCUAGGCUUUUUAGAAUCCAAACUGUCACAGGUACGAGUUAUGAUGACUUUUGUGAACAAUAUAAAAAGUUGUACAGGACCUCAGUCGAUUACUCAGCCAGACUUUGAGUGCGGCGCAGUCCCGUCUCCAGCGCGCAUGGGUGUCCCGCUGCCAGCAGAAGCGCGUCCUGCGAGCCGGAAUGUUCGCUUCGAGGUAGUCAGGUCGGCGAGGAGGCUCAGCGGGGACAAAUGGCGGCAGAAGAAGAGGCGCCUCCAAGCGGAAAGGCAGAGCGAGGACUGCGCCGAGUCCACCACACCCCCUCCACCCCCUUCCACCACCACCCCUUCCACAACCAGCUCAACAAUUCCAACGACUUUACCUGUGGAGGAAUCAACGGCAUUGGUGAAAAGGAAAAAGAAAAAGAAGAAAAAAAACAGGCGGGGGAGGGAAGGUCGGCAAGAUGGCGGCGAGUGCAUCGUAAUUGUGCCCAAUCCUGAAUGCAACCUCACGACCACCAUGUCCACGACCACCGCCACGACGACCACCAGUGAAGCUGAAACUGUGCCUCCAGAAGUAGUCCAGGGAACCGCCGCCGCACUGAUCGCCAUCUUCGCGUCAGUCCCCGUCGUCGCUGCAAUCGUCGGGGCCAGCUCGAGCUCCGCGGCUGCAGCGGCCGCCGCGGGAGCUGGAGGAAGUGGGGUAGGAGGGCAGGGAGGCCAAAGCAGCCCGGCUCAGUCGUCGCAGCAAUCCGUUCAACAGCCUCCUACACAAAUGCAGCCUCCUCCUCCUCCACCGCCCCCGCCGCCGCCGCCGCCGCCGCCGCCACCACCACCACCACCACCACCGCCACCACCGCCACCACCGCCACCACCGCCGCCACCACCACCACCACCACUGUUUCCAGUUUCUCCUCUGCCCCCACCUGCGGUUCCCCCUCCACCUGUGGUUCCGCCAUCCUUCAACAGAGCUGCAGCGAAGUCUCUGGUGCCAAACUGUGACUCCAACGGAUACAUGCAAGUUGUAACCGAACUGCAGACCCUUGUUGCAGGUCACACAGGGAGACUCUUGGACCCUGUGGCGUUUAUGCUCGUGGAGGCGAUCUUCUUCUGUAAGUUUGGAUCAGGACAGAAUCCUCCUCCCUCCGCCCUCAAUAUCUUCGCAGGGGGAGGGCCUGCCGACCUCCCUCUCCCUAAUACUUAUCCAGGUCUUAGUUAUCCGGGCUUGUUUCUCCACGACAACACGACCUCCCCCUCAGUGCCCGAAGCAACACCACCUUAUGUCGGCGCCGAAGCAACUGUCGAGGGUGGUGGUGGCGGGGAAUCUCCUGAAGAAACCACGGAGGGAAUGAUGCCUCCUGUAGAUGUAACGGAUAUUCCUGAAGUGGUAACUGUGGAUGACGAAGGAGAGGACGAGGAGAAGGAAGAGGAAUCCGAUUACGUUACCGACGACGUUGAAGGCCCAAAACUUGUGACGAAGGGAAACGACCGGAACAGGUUCUUCUGCGGAGGCGCCCUUAUCACGGCGAAGCACAUCCUCACCGCCGCUCACUGUGUCACUCUCUCCAAACCCGAAGUGAUCCGCCUGGGCGAGCGGGACUUCACGCGGAGCACCGAGUCGCAGGCCUUCGACUACCCGGUCCAGAGAGUCGUCAUUCACCCGCAAUACAACCUCCUCUUCAACUACUUCGACAUCGCUGUGAUUGAACUUAGAAAUGAGGUGAGGUUCAAUGCCCUUGUGCAGCCUUACUGCCUGCCUGGCUCCACGCUGAUGCUAGAUGGUCGCACCUGCACCGUCUCGGGUUGGGGGUCGCGACCCAACGAAUUCGCAGCGACACUGCUCACGAGCCUGGAAGUCGACGUCAAGCCUCUGGAGGAGUGCAAUGCCCUGUAUGCCGAGGCGGGGAGUGUCUUCAAGACCAGCUACCCGCAGGGGCUGGACGCCACUCUGCUCUGCGCCGGCGGGGGCACCGGCGAGGACGUGUGCAGGGGCGACUCAGGCGGGCCGCUGGUGCUGGGUGUGGAUGGGCGCGAGACGGAUGUCGGUGUGGUGAGCGCGGGGCUCGGCUGUGGCGACCCUCGGUUCCCCGGCAUCUACACCCGCGUCGAUGCCUUCCUCGACUGGCUGGACCUCACGGUGUAUGGUUCGUGCGCUCGGGCGUCCUUCUUGGCACUGCAAGGAGGGGUGGCCGCAGGGAACGACACGGAGGGUGGGGCGCCUGCGGCACUCUGACGAUGAGGACAUGGUAAGGAGCUGCCACCACACCCAAGGAUUUAGAUUUGAAUGGAACCCCGAGAAAACCCAAUUUUGAUUUGAGUAGUAUGAUUUAACGGUCGUAUGACUCGUGGGGUGGAUUGACUUUACUCCUCUCCUGAGUGUGCCGAAGAUACAACGGUCGUAAAAAAGGUUUUAACCAUUUUUUUAAUUCUUUAAUCAUAUAAGAAUAAACAAGUGGGAUAUCACAAUGUCAAUCUUUGUAAUAAACAAUAUAACGAAUAUAAGGAAUAUUAUAUACUAGCUUUAUUCUAAAUUUAAUUUUAACCCUCCCAUCUGUUAAUUAUAAAUGACUCAUCAUAGGGAUAAAUAAGAUAAAAAACGUGAGACGGAAUCGAGAAAGUCACUCCAGCUCCCCUAUAUUUUUCGUUAUUUUCUACACUUCUUUCACGAUUCUCCUUUUCUACCCAUUUCCUUGAUCUAUUGUGCCUUUCUCAAUUAAUUCUUUGACUCUUUCGGAACUGUCUCCUGUGAUAAAUUCCCUUGUCUCCACGCCAAGAGAGAGAGAGAGAUAGAGAGAGAGAGAGAGAAAGAGGA